AUGACUACAAAAGUAGUUAAACGUAAGCUUAAACCGAACGGAGCUGAGUGUCCGGUAGAACAGAAAAAAUCAAAGCCAGGCAAUGCAACGAAUGGAGUGCAAUCGCUGGCCCUACCGUUUCGGAAGCAGCAACCGAAAGGCCGGCUCGUAUCGCAAGCUUUCCGUAAACGCAAACCGAUUGGAUAUGUGGAACCGUCCGCGGAGGAGAGAAAGAUUAACAAAAUCGCAGAAAACUUCCGCCAGGAGUUACAGUCCGGGGUGAUGGCGAUGAGUGCCGUUCGACACUUUCUGCAGGAAACGUACACAAAUCCGGACAUUGUUAUUCAUUACAUACACUGCGGUGGUACGUUUAAACCGCUGCUGGAUAUUCUUUCCUCCUGUGAGAAGGAAAAGCUGAACGAUAUUGCCGACGUGCUGCAUUUGGUACAGAUUGUGCUGCUGAGAAGUUUGGAUUGUGAUGAAACGCACGUAAAAUAUGCCACCAAAUGCGUUAGGUCCAUCAUGACCAACUAUCAGACGGUUGUUUGCAGUCUGCUACAGGAUCAGGGAACGCAUGCAGUGUCCAGCAAAGCGUGUGCAUUGCGUCUGCUCAAGGCCGUUCUGCUGGUGGACGGUCAAACGUACUGGCGUGAUGUGUUGCGGUUGGUAGACAGUUCCAGUGCGAAGAUGAGUAUAAGCGAGUAUCGUGAAUCGCUUUCCCGGCCGGAAGGUUAUAUCGGAAAUUCGCUACGCACAGCGUUUAUCGAGUUUAAUCUAGCGUUUCUGAUCGAUACACCAACACAGCUGGUGCGUUUCUGGCUCGCACGCCAUGCUUUGGUUUAUCCGCUGGUGCUAAACCUGGUGUACGAUAGUACGGCAAACGUAAUACUCGUGAUGAAGACACUGCGCAAGUACGUGCUCGAUAAUCCUGAAAUCGAUAAGUACAUCUACCGUACCGCCUUUACGCCCGAUAUUCUGAAAGCACUCGUCCAUCUGUACGAGUGGGUCGGUCCGGAAAAGAUGGAAAUUAAGGAGCAGGACAAACUGAAUGUUCUGACUGCUGCUGAAGAAUUCGUGCUACCACUGCUCACUUCACGACGUUGCUUUUUAGUGCCGAAAUCGAUCGAUCUAGAACGAGCCAGUCCACGUUAUCGGCAGCUGUUGCAGGAUCUAAAGCACACCUAUCUACACGAACACCAACGGCGGCUGGUGAUGGGAAUGCUGGAAAUGUGUCCCGAAGUAAUACCGGCCACGCUCGACAUGUACGGCGGUAUGUUAAAGUCAAAAUCCGAGCACGUCCGUGAAAUGCUUAAGCAAAUACUUCUUCUGCACAAACCCGACGAAUUAAUCCCGAAGCUAGAAAAAACCGUCUCCGCCAAAGCGCUGUCGAAUUUCGUCGUACAAAGCACACUACCACGCACGAUACUCGAACACAUUGGUACAGUGCUGGACACACAGCCCAACAACAUCCCGUACUGUUUCGAAUUUCUUGCCGUAAUGGUAGCCCGCUGCGAGGAAUAUAUCCAGGUAAUCGAACGCUCCAGCCUGCUAGAUCAGUUCGGCCUGAAAAAGGUAAAGCUGGAUGCAAUCAACAAGAUCGUAACAAUGUUUCCCAGCGUUGAUCGUAUAAUGGUAGCGAUGAAGUCCCAUCGGGACAAUCGGGAGGUCCAAAAGCGCGAAGUAACGCUCGAAUAUGCGAUGGACAUUUUGCUCGUCUGCAUACGCUCGUUCCGGGCGUACAUCGAUGCAUCCUCGUUUAUGACCACCUUCGGGGACAUUCUGAUCAAACCGGCCUACCAUUCAACGGUGGUUGAGCGAUAUUUUUUAAACUAUGAGUUUAAAGCGAUAAAAGUCAUCAUCCAGCUCGAACCACAAAGCGUUUCGUUCACGUCCGAGUUAUUUCCGGCGGUGCUGUCGUUGCUGACCAAAGCGUACCUAAAUGGAACACCGGAGGUACGGCUGGAUGCAACGGAACAGCUGCUGUCACUGUUCCGCAAUACGGCCCUGUUCGGCAAUCGUGGUACGGAGAUUGAAUUUUGGUUUCAAGCAAUGCACGACAUCGAAACGACGGAGGACAUUCCCGAACUGGUCAACUAUCUUACCGUUCAGAUACGGCAAGCUGCAGAACAGGUUGGACAAAAAAAGAAAGGCAAGUACGAUAAAAAGUUCACCUCCGCUGAAGAAGCGUUCGAUGUCGGUGCAUCAACAGGCAAGAACGAAUUGCGGGCACUUUUCGCGAGAGUAGAGCGAGAAACGGACACAUCCGUCACUACUACCGUUGCCGCAUCGGAAGCACUUCUAGACGCACAGAUUGAGCGACCCGCAGCAGACAACUUGUUCCUGUAUAUUUUCUCUGGCACCACCAAACGGCCGGCAAAGUUUCGCCCGUAUUUCGAGGGAGUAGUAUUGCGCUAUCUUCACUCCGCAUCCCAUCCGGAGAUCAUUCAUCGCGCAGUAAAAGCGAUACCCGGUAUCGAUAAUCUACUGUCCUCCGUACGCCAGUACGCAGCCAGCUGGCUAACGGGAAACGAAGGUUUGGCAUUGCAAAAAACUGGCAAUCCCUUGUUUUGUUCGCUUAGCAUCGCUCUGGUGGAAAAGCGAUCGAAUACUGAGCUUUACGAUCGUUUCGUCGGCCGGAAGAAAGCUGUGCGCGUUUCCAUGCUGGAUUUCUUCCACCUGACGAUGUUUUAUUUUAGCCGUUGGGUUGCAUCGCGAACGCUCGUCCCGGAGCAGGUGGAAGUAUUGAGAUAUUACGGCAAACUAUUCCUGAAGCGUUUACUAGAACCGGGCAUACUUUCGGAGCGUGAUGUUGGCGAACUGAUGGAGGGAUUGUUCCUGCGCCGUCCGGUCAUCUUUCAGAAUUUCUCCAUCGUGAAGCGAACGCAAGAUACUUUACGCCAGCAGGUGUCCGAGUUGGUGUACGAGCUAAUGGAGAUGAUGCAUCAACUGCCACAUUUUGAGGACUACACUGAGCUUUACUCGAACAAGAUUCUUACCGAGCUGAUGGCAGCUUCAACCGUGGACGAAGAGUCUCACCUAGAUGGGGAGCUAACGGAGAAAUUGCUGACCGUUUUUAAACUGAACGAACGUCACUGUGCAACACUUUUGCGGCAUUACGCGAACCUUCCGGCCAGUGUGUUUGUGGCGGGAAAUGAAAGAACGUAUCACUACCAGCAGAUGUGUUUCGCAUUGCAGCAGUUGAUAGCGCGAAACCGAUGCCGGGAGGAAUAUUUCCUUCCGGAGGAAGCCGUUCGAGGACUGAUACGUAUCUACAUCGAAUGUGGCCGUAAUGAAGAAGGCGGCAGCGAAACGAUUGAGUUGGAAGAGUUGGAAAAAGCUCUCCUGGAUUACUUCAACAUGUUCCCGCACUGCAUUGCCCACAUCGAGCCGGAUCUGAUGCGUGUGUUCUUCGAAAACGAUCGUCGAAUCGGUAAAACGACCAUCAAGCUGGCAGCGUUCUUGCUCUCACGCAGUUCUCAUCUUCACGCACCCUUCCUGCAGCUUGUCGGGCCGAAUGCGUCAAAGAAAGAGUUGGUUUAUCCACUGCUUAACGUUGCCUUCCGAAAAGGUAUCAUUAGCGAGACAACCGCCGAGGAAAAGCAUAUCAAAACUCUACUGGGGCAGAUUUACGUCGAGUUUAAGGGUCCCAUCCUAAAGAUGUUGGAAAAACCGAACAAAGCUGCUGUUAUUUAUCGUGAAAAUGCACUCGCAAGCGAACAGCUCGUACGGUUCUGCAUGCCACGCAACGAGUGUGUUGAUUUUUCACGCAAAAAGCUCCGAAUUGAAGCCGUUGAAUCGUUCCAGCUGCGUGUGUUGAUGGAAAUUUAUGGAGCAGCGUUGAAGACGCUCGGAGAUGGUGCAAACGCACCGGCAUUGCAGCCCAUCUUCUGUAACGGAUUCGGUGUACUGUUGCAGUGUUUUGAAGCACUUUUCAAAUCGAUUUCUUCGGCGAACUAUCUACUACAGCAGGAGGUACAGUUGCAACGGAUGAAUGAGUUGGUGCUGGCGACUUAUCGGUGGGCAUCGCAGGCAGCCGCACGGAACCGUACCAAGGGCGAGAGGAUAACUUUCGCGUCCGUUACGAAGACUUCCCAGUGGACAGCGUUUUGUAAGAGUUGUCUUAAGUUUGGUAUGGAGACGGUACGGCGUGGCGAUAACGAUCGACGGUUCGAUGAGCGAUUGCACGUGCUGCUGAAGCUGAUGGCGGUUUUGGUGGAUCUGUUCUAUGAGGACGGGCAAAAGGAACAGGCUGAUAUCGGUCGGUGCUAUGAUUGGGUUUUAUCUCACUCCAAUUUUCUCCGCGUCUUGCUCUUGCAGUAUCAGUACAAACCGAAGACAGCUCUGGUGCAGCUGAUGUACUCGCUUGCACGCAAAAAUCCAUCAGUUGUGAGCGAUAAGCAUGUUCCACUACUCUUGGGUGCAUACGGUGCAACACUGACCGACGCUAACCGGUACAUUCUGGCGCUGCUUCAACACUACGAACGAUCCGGAGUACAGAUGCAUGAAUUUCGACCCUUCCUGUGGGGUGAAACAGCCAUCAAACAUUUCUCCCUGGAAUCUACGGCAGCUGCACAAAACGACGAAACAGCUAACGAAACAACUGCACGUGGAUCAUUCCGUACGAACGUAACGGAAGUGUUUGCCUUACUGAUGGAAGAUAAAGUUAUUAGCACGAUAGAAAACUUCCCUGUGUGGCGAAAGCUUGAUGCCUGUUCGCAACUCCCGGAAACCACCUUUGAUGAGCUCAUGCAGCAAUCGGAUUCCGAGAAACGAGGACUUCUGGUGGACUAUCAAGCGGAUGGGCCGGUCGAACGAUUUGUGGAGAAAUCGCGUCGAGGACACGGUCGAAAACAUCAUCCACAUAUCGACCUGUUGGAGAUGAAUUCCAUCAACGCGGAGCAGAAUUCCGUAACGUACGAUCCCGCAUUUCUGAUGCCAAUGAUAAACUACAUGUUUGCGAGCGAACAACCGGACAUGCUGCGGCGUGGGAUUCGUUCCGGCAUCCUCACACUACCCUUCCUGUGCCUUUCGAGCAACGAUGAGCAGAUGCGUCUAGCCGGUGGCAGUGUUCUCCUUCGCAUACGUAGCCACUUGGAGCUAACGAAACGGUUAACCGAUUCGAAAACAUGGCUUCAUCUGCUAGCCGUUAUACAGCGACGCUUCAUUGAGAUGUACGCAACGGCAGCAAGUUACAACGAAAACGUGCAAAAGAAUGGACACGUGCCGCGAGCUCCAUUCCUGUCGAUGCUUUUCAUCGCCGAAACGGUUAAGCUGCUUCCGAACGUGCUGAGCAAACUGCACGGCCCAAUGACACAGUACCUCAUCCACCAGGACGUGUACAACUUCCGCAUGGUGCCCAAUUUUUUGCAACUGUUCAACAGCAGCGAUGUGGAGAAUAACGUUCAGCGGAUGUUUAUGGUUCGGACGCUUUAUCUCGGGGUGAAGUCGCAUCGUGACUUUGCCGUACUACGUGCCUCGCCCAUCAUACAGGUGAUGAUGGCAUUCCACGGUUCACCACUGUCCAACCGUGAGCUGAACAUGGCCAUCCUGAACCUACUGAACGCUAUUGCUAAAAUCCCGCGAUCUUGUCAAUUUCUGGUAGAUUCGCUUGGGUUUGUCGGUUGGCUGAGUGAGCGUAUUGACGUGAUCGAAAGCUUUGAGUUUGAUACGAUUGAAGCAUUUCUGGGGCUGCUUAGCGAUUGCUGGUAUUCGAUGCAGGUGAUGGCUAUUUCGUACCGAUCCCGCUCACAACACCAUCAACCACGGUCGACGGUAUUCUUCCAGCGUGGUAUGCUGAUCUUAACGCUUAAGUUUCUCCCGCUACUGUCACCGCGAAGUUCGAGCAUUACGUUGAAACGGUUCUUAAACUUGCUCGAAAAGACCACUUCCCCCUGGCACGGUUAUCAACAUCUGAUGUCGUUGGUCAGUGCGGAGGUGAUGGAACAGCUGCUCGAGUACUUCGAAACAUUGUUCGCGGAGCAUAUGUGGUGUGUGCGGUACGUGCGACGGUGUGGAACGUUUGCCAUCGAUGAUGACACGACGAUGGGUAGAAAGCUACAGGAAGUUGGUGUGGAUCAGACCACCAGUCUGAUCGUACUAGCGCUGAGAAGAUUCGUGAUGCGUUGGUGUAACUGCCAGAAGGGUGAUUCGACCAUUGAGGUGAAGGAUGAGCUGGAAGAGGUCGACGUUGUGAUGGAAGGAGUUAGUAUGGAAAAUGACGAUGAAGAAGAUGGUGUUAAUGAAAAGAUUGAAGAGGACGUUGAGACAGAAGUGGAUGAGUGA